GGGAGGCUCUUAUAAAGGCGGGUCCUUUUCUGGUGCUGCCUGCUUGUAAAACAAUGAGGAGCUUUGAGGUGGGACGGUUUUAAAUGCAGUGAGUGUGGCAGUGCUUCAUGUGGUGGUGCUCCACUGCCUCACUGAAGUUGGUGAAGCGAGAAGCAAAAGGAGCUUCAGCGCUUUAAUACUGUUUUAAAGUCCUUCAGCAGGAAACCGGUCAGCGUUUCUAUACCUUUUAGUUGGUCUGGGGAAAAAGGACCGUAAGAGGCAGCCAGGCAGUCAGGCCGAACGGAUUCAGUAAACGGUCCUGAAGCUAAACUCGCCCUCUUAGCUCCUGUCAGUGUUUGAGGGGCUGAUCUCGGCUACUGACGGACUGUGAGACUUUCAUAAAGCGCCUCUAAGGCUUCACGGUUCCUCUCGGGUUUGAGCUCUGCUGGAGCUAGAGCUGAGGGGCAAUGGUUGGAAGACUGAAUCUGCGCAAUGUGUCUGACGACGAUCUGCUGGAUAUGAAUUUUAAAGCGGAGCGCGCUCUGGACAGUCCGGACUCCGGUCUGCCGCCCAGCCCCAGCCCCAGCCCCAACCCCUGGCUCCUGGCGGCGGGCAGCGAGAGGAGCAGCGGGGGCUCAGAGGACGAGGGGAGAGUUCCUCCUAAGCAGGUUAAAGGUCUGCACCCGUUCUCCUAUGGAGAGGGAAUUGAACUCGAUCCUCUACCCCUAAAAGAAUUAAGAUACACCUCAUCUGUGCGCUAUGACUCGGAGCGGCACUUCAUCCAGGACGUGUCUCUACAGCCGACGGGUUUGGGUCUGGAGCUGUGCAGCCAGACUGUGUUGGCCCUGUCUCAGAGCACCUGGAGGCGAUACAAAACACAGCUGGAGUUCCAGCCCCGCCAGCGGGUGCAGCGCUACCAGAGCACCACUAUUGUGUACCCCAAACACGCCCGGACCCUCUACACCACUCAGCUCAGCUAUGACAGCCGGAACCUGGCCAAGCGCUUUCUGUCCAGUGUGGAGCUGGAGGCGUCUGACUGUAGGGCCAAUCAGUAUUGAAGGAUGGGCUUUUCAGAGAUUCCCUAACAGAGUAUACCUAGCCUCACCCCUUUAAGGACCAUUGCCCACAGUGAAAUUGUUCAAAUCUGGAUCGAUAUGAGUGGAAUUCCUAAGACUGUCUAUGUUAAUCCUUUUUUUGCAUGAUUGUUUUUAGCUGGGAUUGUUACUGCUCUGCUUUAGAGAUUAGCUUUGGCAAGUGUCUGGAGGUUUGAAUGGUUCGUAAUGUUACUGUAGUACAAAUGGAUCACAUUUUAGAAGUAACAUCUGCAGCUUCCCCAGUGACCCAAACUCUGUGCGAUAUCCUAUUACUCUGGGCUCUUUAAUGCUGCUGCAGAUGUUGGGCUGGUUCUAGUGCAUUUAAGAUGAUGCUCAGUGAUGUUGGUUCAUUACUGACUGGAGGUUUUAAUGCUAGUGUUGUCCCAGUAAAGGCACACAGCUGUAUAUGAAAUAGUACAGGGAAGUGACUCUUGAAAGUGAGCUGGUUUAGUUUUUAUGCUGUUAAAAUGGGAAAUAGGUGGAUUUAAGUUUUCCAUAAUGGUUUGUUUCAUUGUUAGAGAAAAGCAAAAUAACUGCACACAUGCUCCCAGAAAAAUGGUAAUUAAUAUUUUAUAUAGUUUGUUAAUGUGUGUGUGUGUGUGUGUGUGUGUGUGUGUGUGUGUGUGUGUGUGUAUAUAUAUAUAUAUAUAUAUACUUUAUAGUGAAUAGGUCUAAAUAUUUGCCUUAAACUAUUUUAGUAACAUGAAGUGUGUGUGUGUGUGUGGAUAUCUUGUUUUUUCUUUGUAUUUUAUUUUUUUUAAAUCCUGCACCUUGUGGUAGAUUUUGUAUGUGCACAUACUUAUUUAAAAGGCUUUUUUCAUUCACUUCUUACUCCACAUUCACAAAUCUGUGCGCUCUUUUCGGGGCUGGAAAUGGCUUUCUUAAGAAACAGGGUAGAGUUGGAUUUUUUGCACAGUGCUAACAGGAAGAGAUCAUAUGAAUAUGCAUACCUGAAACACAAGAUCACUAGAGUUUAACACAUUCUCUUUGCAUACUCUGUGUACUACUGUAAGUCUACAUUUGGGCAUAAGUUUUUGUUUUUAUUUUCCAAAUGUUUUAUUUUUCUCAUUUUUUUUUUUUUGCUGCAAAGUAUGUAAAUAUGAAAGGUGGUUCUGAGUCUGAACUGAACUUUAUGUAUGUAUGUAUGUUUGAACUGAAUGUGUAUGUCUGAGUUGCAGCAAUUGUAGACAGUACCGUUGUUUUGAUGUUAUGACUUUACCUGUUCAAAGGCACUUCAGUUUAGUCAUGUCUUGUUAUGAAAAUCACUGCUGCAGUAUAUUUAUUUCAGCCUUUUUUCCUGCGCAAAUGGAUUUAGGAAAAAGGUAUGUGCAAAACACAAGUUAACUGCUUUUGAUGGAUCUGAAAUCACACAGCUGUAUUUAUUUCAAUUUCAGGCUGAAAUAAACAUGGGCUGUCUCUCUUUUUAUAACAAA